UGAACUCCCCUACCCUCAGCUGCGGCAGCUGCUGUGACGUCACAUCCGGUCCCGACGGAAGUCCUCCGCUGGCCGACCGGGAAGGAUGGAGGGGUCUAAGACAUCCAGCAGCACCAUGCAGGUGAGCUUCGUGUGUCAGCGCUGCAGCCAGCCCCUGAAACUGGACACGAGCUUCAAGAUCCUGGAUCGUGUUACCAUUCAGGAGCUUACAGCUCCAUUACUUGCCACAGCCCAGGUGAAACCAGGAGAGACCCAGGAGGAAGAGGCUAAUCCAGGAGAGGAGCCAUUUAUUGAAACUCGCCAGGAUGGUGUCUCUCGCAGAUUCAUCCCCCCAGCCAGGAUGAUGUCUACAGAAAGUGCCAACAGCUUCACUCUGAUCGGGGAGGCAUCCGAUGGUGGCACCAUGGAGAACCUCAGCCGAAGACUGAAGGUCACUGGGGAUCUUUUUGACAUCAUGUCAGGCCAGACAGAUGUGGAUCACCCGCUGUGUGAGGAAUGCACAGAUACUCUUUUAGACCAGCUGGACACUCAGCUCAAUGUCACUGAAAAUGAGUGUCAGAACUACAAACGCUGUUUGGAGAUCUUAGAGCAAAUGCAUGAAGAUGACAGCGAACAGCUCCGGAUGGAGCUAAGGGAGCUGGCAUUAGAGGAAGAGAGGCUGAUCCAGGAGUUGGAAGAGGUGGAAAAGAACCGUAUUAUAGUGGCAGAAAAUCUCGAGAAGGUCCAGGCCGAGGCUGAGAGGUUGGAUCAGGAGGAAGCUCAGUAUCAAAGGGAAUACAGUGAAUUUAAACGGCAACAGCUGGAGCUGGAUGAUGAGCUGAAGAGUGUGGAAAACCAGAUGCGUUAUGCCCAGAUGCAGCUGGACAAACUGAAGAAAACCAACGUCUUUAAUGCGACCUUCCACAUUUGGCACAGUGGACAAUUUGGCACAAUCAAUAACUUCAGGCUGGGUCGCCUGCCCAGUGUUCCCGUGGAAUGGAAUGAGAUUAAUGCUGCCUGGGGCCAGACAGUGUUGCUGCUCCAUGCCCUGGCCAAUAAGAUGGGCCUGAAAUUUCAGAGGUAUCGACUUGUUCCCUAUGGAAACCAUUCAUAUCUGGAGUCUCUGACAGACAAAUCUAAGGAGCUGCCGUUGUACUGUUCUGGGGGGCUGCGGUUUUUCUGGGACAACAAGUUUGAUCAUGCGAUGGUGGCUUUCCUGGACUGUGUGCAGCAGUUCAAAGAAGAGGUUGAGAAAGGCGAGACACGUUUUUGUCUUCCUUACAGGAUGGAUGUGGAGAAAGGCAAGAUUGAAGACACAGGAGGCAGUGGCGGCUCCUAUUCCAUCAAAACCCAGUUUAACUCUGAGGAACAGUGGACAAAAGCUCUCAAGUUCAUGCUGACGAAUCUUAAGUGGGGUCUUGCUUGGGUAUCCUCACAGUUUUAUAACAAAUGACUUUCUUUAUUCCUUAGGGGAUUGUUUGCCUCAAAGGCUUUAAAGUUUGUUUUGUUUGAAAAAAAAAAAUUGUUAAAUUAAAAUCGGGUACUAUUCAAUAGCACAUGUUUACAAUACCAAAAAAGACAAAAUCCACAAAAGCCACUUUAUUUUAAAAUAGGACAGAAAAUUUCCAGAGCUACGACAGGCCAUGUAUAGUGCGACCAGCCUUUGUCAUAGUUUUGACUCUUAACCCCAUGCCUUCCUUUCCCUCUGACCCCUCAAAACAGCUAAUUUGUUUGUUGUUGUUUUUUUAACUGAGUUGAGAGUGACGUGUUUUCACUGGAUUUUAUGUCUCUCAAUUUCCUGUACUUACAGUAUGAAGUAGAAACUUUUGUCUCCACUGAGACGACAAGAUGUGUGAUGCACAGCUGGAUAACGUGAGAAAAUGACAUAUAAGCUUUGGUCACCAUGUGAUGUGAUCAGAAGCUUGAAAUUCAACACUUCUCACUUGGUUCUAGUCCUGAAUGCCUGCUCUGCUCUGUGUUAGAGAUAUGAAAUGGUGUUUGAUACUGUUUGAGACCUUAUGGAGAGAUUUAAUUAUUUGUAAUAAAAGAUUUCCUGCAGUCUUAUGACUGCCUAGAGGUGCACUGUUGGGUUUUUCUUUAACUAAAAUAGAGUGCUUUGUAUUCUGGGAGAAUUGAGUUCAAGUGCAGGUAUGUGGAAAGUCUGUUGAAACGUGUUUAGAGAUGGGUGUUAGUUUUUUAAAAAGACUCUAAUGGAAAAAUAGACAGCUGUGGAGAAAGCCCUAUUUGUGUAGCUCUUAGUAAAGGAACAGAAAUAUUUAACUUUAAGGGAAAAUAAAGGCUACUUCCUUGAUGCUCAGUCAAGGUCACCCA